CACUAGAACACACACACACACACACACACACGCCAUAUUUAACCUCGUGUGGCUUCCUGUUCAACAUUUUCCACCACCUGCAUUGCAUGAAGCAACAAUCUCCGUUAUAACUGAUCUUGAAAGCUGUGAUUCGCAUGAAGGGAGAUUUAUCGUGGUUUCUGUUUUUAGAUUAAGCCGCCGGCACAAAACAUGGUUAAUGACACCGUGAACACGACGUACGCUGUGGUGUUUGGAUCUGUUAUGGCACUGGGUCUGCCUCUCAAUGCCGUGUCGCUGUGGAUAUUGUUACGCUGCCACAGUAUUAAAUCGCCCAGUGCAGUCUUCAUGGUCAACCUGGCAAUCUCAGACCUGCUGCUCGUCAUCUCCUUGCCCAUGAGGAUCUACUUUUACGCCACAAGCAGCUGGCCUCUGGGCAAUAUGGCGUGCAUCUGGAUUACAAUGCUCUUUCGCAACAACAUCCGCUCCAGCUCCAUCUUCAUCACCUUCAUCAGCGUGGACCGGCUGCUGGCCGUGGUUUAUCCUCUGAGGUCACGGCAUCUUCGAAUCUCUUCCAACGCGUGGAAAGCUGCUGCACUCAUUUGGCUGUCUGUGUUGGUGGUGAACAUCCCAGAGAGUGUAUACUUUUCAAAAUUUUUAAACAACAACACUGAACACUCCUGUUUUGAAUUUAAAGAACGGAGGAAAUCAUAUAUGUCUUAUUUUCAGUCUGCGCUAGUGCUCACCAUGCUGGUAGUCAACAUUGUGUGCACCGCUUUGGUGUCUUGGACUCUACACCGAAAUCUGAAUGACUCCGUGAAGGUUAAGAACAAGCUACAGCUAUGCAAGUGAAACUCCAUUUUUUUUACUUCCCCAUCUGAGCUGCAAAAAUCUGAAAAAAACAACAAAAAAAAUGGAUCCCCACCCAUCUCUGCAACAUGCCAUGACUAUAAAUAAAUCUUUCAUGACUGACCUGUGA